UCGUUUUCGUUUCGUGCAUGGUACUUAGGUUCUUUAUCUGAGUUUUCGUGUUUUCUGUUAUCAAACAGUAAAAAUAUCAGAAUUUAAUGUGUUAAAACAUGGCGAUUGUGGAGGACGAAGUGAGACAUGGCUCAGAAGAAGAGAAUGAGAUCGAAGUGGUCGUCGAGGAAGACGAUGCAGACCAAGAUUCUGAUGAUUCAGACGAUGAUGAUGAUGAAGAGGCCAUUGAGAAGAAGGUUGCUGAUUUGGAGCAACGCAUAGCUGAUGAUCCGUACAACUACAAUGACCACAUUGACCUGAUUCAGGCACUUUGGAGUCUAUCAGAACUGGAUCGCUGGCGCGCCGCGUUUGACCGGCUACAAAAGUUGUCGCUGCUCCGCGCGGAGCAUUGGCUGCUGCGCCUGCAGACUGAGGAGACGCUCGCCCACUCGCCGCAGUCGCGAGAGCAUAUCGCCACCCUGUUCCAGCAGGCGACACUUGACUGCUAUUCUAUUCCAAUCUUGAGCGAGUGGUGCUCGUGGUCGCUGAGCGCGGGCGAGGCAGGCUGGGCGCGCGCGCAGCUGGAGGAGAUGCUGAGCCGCGCGGGCGCUGACCCGCUCUCCGGCAAGAUCUUCUGGGACGCAAAGCUCGAGCUGGAGAAGGCCAAGUUGGAGACUAUGAAUGAAGAGGACCCCGACUAUAAAGAUCAAAGGAAGCGUGUGCUGUGGUGCCUCGAGGAAGCGGUGUCUCGGCCGUUGCUGCGCAGCGAGGAGGCGUGGCCGCAGAUGCAGGAGCUGGCUCUCGCAAUGUACGACCAGGAAUAUGUGGAUAAGGUGAAGAAGCAACACGACGCCGCAUUAGAAUAUUUACAGAAAAUAACACCAUUCGAAGACAGACUGUUGACAACUGAGGAUGCUGAAGAGAAAUGUAAAAUAUACCAGGAGUACAUUGAUACCGUGAAAGAGCUCUCUCGUGAGGAUAAAUAUUCGGAAUGUGAUAGCAAAGGUAUACUCAAGGUCCUCUACGACCGCGCGACAACCGAGUGUCUGUCCUGCGAGGCGUCACACGGGCUGUUGCUGGCAUUCGUGCGGCACGCGCGCAACACGUCGUCGCGCGCCACCAUCCACCGCGUGCUGGACGCGUGCGUGAGGCGCUGCGCGCGCAAGGCCACCUUCUGGACACUCAAGAUGCAGCAGGCUGAGCACGAGGGUAAAGGAUUUGAUGAGGUGAAGUCAAUAUUCGAGACGGCACUAUCCAAAGGCAUGGAGUCGUACAAGCAAGCGGAGGCUCUAUGGCUGAGCUACCUGGAGCAGACGCGGCGCCGCACCGACUUCGCUACUCAGGACCACGUGGACAGACUCCGACGCACGUUCAGGCUCGCUUGGGAUUCGCUGGCAGAGGCAUGGGGAGAAGAAGCGAAUGAUUGCGAAGUACCGUUAUUUUGGGCUCGGCUCGAAUACAAAAGGAUUAAGGAUCCAGCACAAGGAAAGGAAAUAUUUGAAGAGAUUUUUAAAUAUGGAGAGAAUAAAACGCUUUCAAAAUAUUGGGAGGCUCUCAUAAACUUAGAACGGACCAGAGAUCCGCCGGCGCCCGAGCGCAAGUUGCGCGACCUACACAAGAGGGCCUUGCGAAGUGUCAACGACUACCCGCCGGCAGUCGCGCGACUGUGGACCGACUACGAGCGAGACUACGGCCAGCUGGCGACUAGCGUCGAGUGCGCCGAGUUGUGCGAGGAGAAACUCAAGGAAUGGCGUGAAAGUUACCAAGCGAUGAAAGAUAAAAUGCUAGGACAGAAACAGAAGGGCAAACAGAAUCCCAACAAGAAGUCCAAACUUGACAAUAAAAAGAAAAAAGACGAAAAAAACAAGGGAAAGCGAAAGUCUGACAGUUCAGAAAACACCGAGGUUAAGAGGAAAAAGGACGCAGAUAUGGAAGUGGACGCGCCCGACGAGGAGGGUGAUACUGGAGGCGGAGUCAAACGAUCUCAUGAUGAGGUUGAAGGGGAAAAAAAGGACAACAAAAGACAGAGAAGGGACAGCUCUUCAGACACAGGUGCGAGCGGGAGGGAGGCUUGCACAUUAUUUGUUAGCAAUCUGGAGUUUAAAGUAAACGAACAAAACUUAAGGAAAAAAUUGUCAGAAUACGGCGAUAUAGUUUCAAUGCGAGUGAAGGCGGGCGUUAAAGCGUUUGGUGGAUCCAUUUGUUACUGCCAGUAUAAGUCACCGGAAUCCGUAGACAAAGCUAUAAAACACGACAGAACGCCGCUGGACGGCCGACCGAUGUUUCUCUCGCGGUACUCCGCCAACAAGUCCAAGCCAACGUUCAAGUACGCGAUGACCGCUGAGCGGAACAAACUGUUUGUGCGGAACCUGCCCUUCUCGCACUGCACCAAGGAGGCUCUCACUGAGAUAUUCGGGAAGUUUGGCAAACUGAAAGACGUACGGGUUGUAACUUUCAAAGACGGCAAACCGAAAGGCCUAGCAUACAUAGACUACGAAGAUGAAAAGCCAGCGACGGAGGCUUUGGAGAAGACCAACGGUCUGCUGGUGGCGGACAGGAACAUAGAGGUGGCCGUGAGCGCGCCGCCGCCGCGCCAGGAGCCUGGCACGAGCCUGGCGCUAGGACUACCGAAGAGGGACACCGGAGGGGGAAUGAGAAGAACGCAGCUCAGCAGUUUCAUCCCAAGGGUGCUGCAAACCGCGUCGGCCAGCACAUCCGCAGCCAAGCCCGCGGCCAACGGCAGCCACAGCAACGGUGACAAGCGGCCGCUCAGCAACACCGACUUUAGACAAUUGUUGCUUAAGAAAUAAAGACAUUUCAUCUAAAUA